AUGGCCGUUAGAGAGUCAGAGAUCGCACCGGGACGGAAGGGGUGGACCCCGCGAGGGGCCCGGGGGCCGAUUCUGAGCGGACCUGGGUCGGGAGGUCUCAGGGGAGGACAGCAGACCGACACCGAUGCCCUGCCCCCUCAUGGGUGGGGGCCCUUGUUGGCACCGCCGUGUCUGCCUUGGAAUUUUGUGGCCGGAGCAGGCCCCGGGAACGAUCUGGGGAGCAUAUUUCUGUCCCCCUCGGGCUCGAAGCAUGCUGAGGUUGGCAUGGAGCACGCCAGAGCUGGCUUGGAGCGUGCUCACAGCUGGCCGGGAGCACGCCAGGAGUGGGCCCGCGGGCAAAUUCUGCCCCCUCGGGAGGUCUUCGUGGACGCCCUCUCCGACGAGCGCAGGGGCCAGGUGCGCGUGCUGUGCGCCUACGGUCACGUGCACGACCAGCGGUGCGAAGGCGAGGACGAUAGGGGUGUCUGCGACACCAUCAUGACGGGCGGCGGCGGCGGCUGCUGCCCCAGCGACCUGCAGGCCGGCUUCACGGCCGUGCGCCUCACGGAGGACGACGGGGGCUUCGAGGUGGACGUGGAGUCGGCGAGGGUGAAGCUCCCGCCCAAGAGCUGCAGGUGGAAGGUCGAUGUCCAGGUGUAG